AUGGCUAAGGCAGCCUGUGCUCUUGAGGCGGUGUCACGUUGGGCUGUCACGGGCACGCCGAUUCAGAACCGCCUGGCUGAUCUGGCCGCACUGCUCUCAUUUAUCAGGGCCCAUCCGUAUACAGAUCCCAAAACGUUUGACGCUGACAUUUCCCAUCUCUGGAAGUCGGGAGAAGAAGAGGAGGCUGCCAAGCGCCUGAAAAAUCUCUCUGCAUACCUGCUACUUCGCCGGCCGAAACAGAUAAUUGAGCUGCCCAGAAGAUUGGACAGAAAGUGCACGGUUGAUCUGUAUCCAGAAGAGCGAGAGCUUUACAAAAGCAUCCAUGACCAAGUUCUUAUUGAAAUCGACGAGGCCAUGCAGAUGGGAUCGGAAACAUCUCGAGCAGCAAUUUAUGCUAAAACGCUGCAGAAGAUUACCUCGCUACGACUCAUCUGCGAUCUAGGGUUGCAUUACCGCGGAAGACAUGCCGAUAGCAGCAGUAAAACUGCCAACUUCCAACCGGCUCUUUCAACGAAAUCAGAUUCAGAGGAAACACGGGAGGCUUCUCUACAAAGCAUAUUUGACAUGCGGCGUGAUCUGGACGAAAUCGAGUGCAUUCAGUGCUCUUCACGAUUUGGGCCAACGGAUGCAUUUCUGGGUGAUGCCGUUUCUAAGCAUCAAAAUAUGGCAUGGUUCUCGCGCUGCCAAAAGUUCUUGUGCAUCAGUUGUGUCAAAACGCAACGACAGGCCGAGAUUAGCUUUCCAUGUGGCCACCUGCCUCCCUGCCUAGCAGAAGCGGUGAAUCCGUAUCUGACUGAAGAAGUGGCCGGCCAUGAAGCUAAAGCAUAUACGUCCGAGGGCACUGACGAUGUUGUGCGCUUGCCGUCCAAGGUGGAAGCAUUGUUGUUGGAUCUUAAAAGUCUACCGCCCAACACAAAAUGCCUAAUAUUCUCGGCUUGGCGACUCACACUGGACGUGAUCCAGAAAGGUUUGGAUCAGGCGUCCAUUCAGAGUACCCGCUUUGACGGGGAAAUACCACAAAAAGGGCGUCAGGCUGUCGUCGACAAAUUCCGCAAUGACCAGAACAUCAGCGUCAUGCUCUUAACUCUAUCGUGCGGCGCUGUUGGGCAAGUGGUUUUUUGUUCGCCCACUUUCUGUAGUCGAAUGCUGACUUUAUGUACUCUGCAGUCUGAAUCUAACCGUCGCGACCCGAACCCAACGCUGGAAGAGCAGGCUCUGGCACGAAUCCAUCGUCUAGGCCAGACCAAAGAAGUCACCACUGUUCGCUUCUUCGCGCGAAACACAUUUGAAGAGGCACGUCACACUCUUAUUCUGUUCCUAUUCGAGUUUGUCGAUUUUCGCAGCUCCCUGCUGACCUUCCACAGAAAGUCAUAG